UAUCCACUUCUCUCUCUCCUUUUCUUCUUCUUCUUCUUCUUCUUCUUCUUUUCCAAAUUCUUGGUUAGAAAUGGCGUCUUUAUCAACUUGUAAUCAUUCAGGGAAAUUCUCUUCCUCGUUUUCACCUUCAUCCCUUAAUUUGUCUUCAUUCCAACGCGUCUCUGUUCAGUUCCUUCAAACCCACAACAAAAACACUUGUUCCCUUCCAUCCACUCCAAGGCCUCUCACUGUCAUUUCCAUGGCUCCCCCUAAGCCUGGUGGUGGUAAAGCCAAGAAAGUGACUGGUAUUAUAAAGCUGGCUCUGGAGGCAGGGAAGGCAACCCCGGCUCCACCAGUGGGGCCGGCCUUGGGUUCCAAGGGUGUUAACAUUAUGGCCUUCUGUAAGGAUUACAAUGCCAGGACUGCUGAUAAAGCUGGUUAUGUCAUUCCCGUCGAAAUCACCGUCUACGAUGAUAGAAGCUUCACUUUUAUCUUGAAGACCCCACCUGCUUCUGUUUUGCUGCUCAAGGCUGCAGGAGUGGAAAAAGGUUCAAAGGACCCACAGAGGGAGAAAGUGGGGAAAAUAACUAUCGAUCAAUUGAAGACAAUUGCUCAAGAGAAGUUGCCAGAUCUUAAUUGUACUACAAUUGAAUCUGCAAUGAGGAUUAUAGCUGGCACUGCAGCAAAUAUGGGAAUUGACAUUGACCCUCCGGUUCUUGAACCUAAAAAGAAAGAACUUAUAUACUAGUUUUGCCUUUUUCUAUUACCAUGUAAUUUUUCCCGGUUCUUUGAGCACCAGUGUCAAUCACAUUAGCCUUGUAUUGAUUAGAAGCAAUUGGAAGAGAAGUAGAUUGCCUACAGAAUGGCAGUGGAAAGCUUAAAGUCUUUGUCAGCCAGGGGUGUGUCGCUGUUGGAUAGUCGGUUUUCCAUUUGUUUCAAUAAUCUCUCUUGAUCUUUCAUUCCUUA